AUGUCGUCCUCGGCGCCUCGCGGCGGCGAGCGCAUGAUCCAUCAGGAUUUCAUCGCCAGGAUCCGCUACUCCAACGCCCUCCCGCCUCCCCCCAACCCGCCCAAGCUGCUCGACAUCCCGAACACCGGCCUGGCUAGCGGCCAGUACACAACGCCUGGCUUCGCGUCGCGUCUGGCGAGAGAGCAACCCUUGAAUAUUGAGGUCGAUGCGGAGCUCGGCAUGCCCUUGGACCUAGUAGGCAUGCCAGGCAUCUUCGACGGAGACGAGAGCUCUAUCCAGGCAUCUUCGCACCCGCCUGCCGUCCACCCACACGACAGGGCUCUUCUCCGGCCGCUCUCUACCCUGGGCCGAGCCAAGAGCAACGCCGACGCAUCAGUCUCCUUCCUGCGAAGAACCGAAUACAUCUCCUCCGUGGCCCCCAGGAAAGCGGGCGUCGCCGCGGGAGCUUUCAUCAACCCUAAGAUCAAGCGCACGGAGAAGCGCCGCUCUCCCGAGCCGGACAAAGACUCGCCUGCAGCCAUCAGGCGCAAGAUCGAGAAGAGCUUCGAGAGUGCCGAGCGCUUCCUCAGCAACCCAAGCCGCCAUCGCCAUCCCAGCAAGCCCAACGUCCAUCUCACUUCCUCGUACCCUCUGCUACCCGACCACGACGCAUUCCCCGACUCAGGCGCGUACGUCACUGUCAAGCUCCUUACGAACCCCGUGGCCAGCUCCAACAAGUACGAUCGCCGCCUGCUCAGUGGUCUGCUGCGUCCUCUCGACAGGAGCCCCGAGGAGAACGAGGCCUUCCAGGCUGCUGUCGAAGCUCACGAGCGCGACCCCGCUCGCAACCCCAAACCCGCCAACCUGAUGGACUACAGCUUCUUCCUUCCCAAGACCCAGACCACGGGCGACAACUUCCGGACUAAGUUCGACCCGGAGAACCCCGAUCACGACGACGACUCGCUCUACACACACCAGAGUGGUUCCAACGGCUGCUUCCAGUUCUCCCGUCUCCGUGCGUAUGAGACGACCAAGGAGACGGAGUUGGACCACAACUCCAAGUACAGCGAAGAGGUCAUCCUCGCUUUCAACGACGAGCCCUCGGGCAGCAAGCAGAAGGCCGCGUACUACUACCCGGUUAUCCAGCGUACUACCAUCCGUCCCCAGCGUGCCAAGAACAUUGCGCGCACGCUGAGCCAAGUGGACGAUGAAUCGCAGGUUGUCAAUGAAGUGGAGGUUUCCAUCACUGACCCCAAGGGAGCACCUCGUGAGAACAUGAGGCGGUACAAAGAGAAGCCGAUAGGCUAUGUAGAGGAGGUCCAGGACCCCUUCCCUCCCGUUGAGGGCGCUGCCCCUGGAACGCCCUCGGACCGGGAUGCCGAUGGCGAUGCCGACGGAGAUGAGGAUGAAGACUAA